AUGGCAUCUCAAACUGAGGAGGAUCUCACCUGUCCCAUCUGCCACGACAUCUUCAAAGAGCCUGUUGUCCUGUCCUGCAGCCACAGCUUCUGUAGAUCAUGUCUGAAAAACUGGUGGGGAGAGAAGAAAACACCUGAGUGUCCAGUCUGCAAGGAAAUGCUGCUAAUAGCUGAACCCCCUGUGAGUUUGACUUUAAAGAACCUGUGUGAGACCUUUGUACUGGAGAGAAAAAAGAAAUUAUCUACAGAGUCUGAGCUUCUCUGCAAUCUGCACUCUGAGAAACUGAAACUGUUCUGUCUGGAUCAUCAGCAGCCAGUGUGCCUCGUCUGUAGAGACUCAAAAACACAUGCUGAUCACAAAUUCAGACCGAUUGAUGAAGCUGCACAGGAUCACAGAGAGGAGCUCCAGAAAUCACUGAAGCCUGUACAAGAGAAACUGAAGAUCUUUAAAGAAGUUAAAGGAAACUUUGAUGAAACAGCAGAACACAUUAAGGCCCAGGCUCAACACACUGAGAGGAAGAUUAAGGAGCAGUUUAAGAAGCUUCACCAGUUUCUACAAGAGGAAGAGGAGGCCAGGAUCAAAGCUCUGAGGGAGGAAGAGAAGCAGAAGAGUCAGAUGAUGAAGGAGAAAACUGAUGCUCUGAUCAGAGAGAUAACAGCUCUUUUAGACACAAUCAGAGUCACAGAGAAGGAGAUGAGAGCUGAAGACGUCUCAUUCCUACAGAACUACAAGGCUGCAGUAGAAAGAGUCCAACAGCGCCCCCUAAAGAAUGGUCCACAGCUGGUCACAGGAGCUCUCAUAGAUGUGGCCAAACAUCUGGGCAACCUGUCCUACAACAUCUGGAACAAGAUGAAGGAGAAGGUCUCCUACAGUCCUGUGAUUCUGGAUCCAAACACUGCUCAUCCAGACCUCGUCCUGUGUGAAGAUCUGACCAGUGUGAGUUGUGGAGACAGACGGAAACUUCCUGACAACCCAGAGAGGUUUGACCAACAUCCUGUUGUCCUCGGCUCUGAGGGCUUUAACUCCGGGACUCACAGCUGGGACAUUGAGAUUACAAAUGAUGAAUACUGGAGCAUAGGUGUUGUAAAUGAGUCUGUUCUGAGAAAGGUACAAAUACAGACUGGAUUCUGGGAAAUAAGUUUUUGUGAUGGAAAAUAUUCAGCAUCCGCUCCACCACUUCCAGAAAAAGUACUGUCAGAGAAGAAGCUCCAGAGGAUCAGAGUUCAUCUGGACUGGAACAGAGGGAGGUUAUCGUUCUUUGAUCUUGACACCAACACACACAUACACACCUUCAAACACACUUUCACUGAGAAGCUGUUUCCUUACAUUGUCACCAAGCAUAAAUUACCCAUGAAGAUAAUACCGGUCUCUGUAACAGUGGAACAGUGCACUGUCCCUAUAUCAACACGGUCUUGGUUUGGUCUAGUUUCAAAAUGAGCUAAACUUUAUCUUCAAUCUUCUAGUGAGAAUGCUCAAGCACUAAUGUGUACUUGACGUUUCACAGGAGCAAAACCGUGUUUUAUGCAGGUUGAAAUAGUUUUAGCUCAUUGCAGAAACGUGUUAGUGUCAGUGUAUCUGUGAUGUCAGAGCUAUGUUGUAGAGAAUAGGAUUGAUUUUAAAUAUCAUAAUAUGUGUUGUGAUAAAUGGCUGUUAAACAAGGAAAUUAAACCCUGUGAUCAAGACAAACGUAUUUACGCAGUGGAGUGAAAAUGAUCAUGUUAAUUAGCUACAUUUAUGUUGUAACUAGAAGGACUGAGAUAUUUGUGCGUGAGUAGUCAAGCUCUUCUAAAGACAACGUUAAAUUUUAAAUUCAUCAUGGAGGACCUGGAUGGCUCUUCUUUUUCAUGUAUGUUUUCCUUUGUAUUUAUUAAAAACUUCACAUGACUAAUGAUUUUCAUGGUAAGGGCAAAAACAAGACUAACA